AUGAGAGCGAAGACUUCCAGAAGCUUGCAGAAAGGGAAAUUGCCUCCUGUGAAGAAGAGAUAGCUGAACUGAAGCACCAGAUAGUGUUGCUUUUGAUUCCUUCAGAAGAAGCAGACGAGAGUGAUCUUGUCAUGGAAGUAACAGCGGGAGUUGGAGGGCAGGAAGCCAUGCUGUUCACCUCGGAGAUAUUUGAUAUGUAUCAACGAUACGCUGCCUUUAAAAAGUGGAAAUUUGAAAUAUUAGAAUACUUUCCCAGUGAAAUAGGUGGUCUAAGACAUGCAGUUGCCAGUAUAGCAGGUCUUGAGGCUUACAAGUACAUGAAAUUUGAAGGAGGAGUGCAUCGUGUUCAGCGAGUACCAAAGACAGAAAAACAAGGACGCAUUCACACCAGCACAAUGACUGUUGCAAUAUUACCACAACCCACUGAGAUGAGGCUGCAAAUUAACCCGAAAGAUCUACGCAUAGAAACAAAGCGAGCCAGUGGAGCUGGGGGCCAGCACGUCAAUACCACAGACAGUGCUGUACGCAUAGUUCAUAUUCCAACAGGGAUCGUAUCUGAAUGUCAGCAAGAAAGAUCUCAAAUUAGAAACAAAGAGAAGGCUAUGCAAAUGCUAUGUGCUAAGCUAUACAACGCCAAACUGGAAGAAGAAACCAAAAAGAGAAACAGUGUUCGAAAGAUUCAAAUUGGGACUAAAGGAAGAUCAGAGAAGAUCAGGACAUACAACUUUCCACAGGACCGAAUUACUGACCACAGGAUAAGCAGAUCGGUGCAUCAUAUUGAGUGUUUCAUGCUAGGGGAAGAAAUGCUAGAUGAAAUGAUACACACACUGAAAGAAUAUGCUGAUUAUGAAUCUUUAAUGGAAGUUAUUUCAGAAAAUGAAAAGAAGAACCUAUCCUGAAUAUUGCUUUUUGUCAGCCUGUUACAACAGAUGUAGACAUUUGUCUGCAAAGGAGCUUCUUGGAGCACCACCCAGAAAAUGCAACUGCUUUUCAGAUCAUGAAAGACAUCACAGCUUGUUUCCUCAUGACUGAUAAACAGUUUUCUUACUUGCUGAGUAAAA